AUGGAGAAGGUGCUCACUACAUUGGCAAUACUGUUAUGCUUGAUCUCAUGCCUUAGCGUCGAGUGCAGAAAGAUGAUUAAUCCGCAUAGAAAUUUGCUCGCUAACGGCCUCGGCUUGACUCCUGCUAUGGGGUGGAAUAGUUGGAAUCGCUUCGGUUGUAAUAUCAAUGAGACAUUGAUAAAAGAAACAGCUGAUGCAAUAGUAUCCACCGGUUUGGCAGAGCUUGGGUACCAAUAUGUCAAUCUAGAUGAUUGUUGGGCGGAGUACAAUCGCACACCAAAGGGCGAAGUAGUCGGAAAUUAUAAAACUUUUCCAUCUGGGAUCAAAGCACUAGCCGAUUACGUUCAUAGCAAGGGGCUUAAGCUUGGAAUCUACUCUAGCGCAGGUGAUCGAACAUGUUCAACUGGGAUGCCCGGAUCGCUUGGUUAUGAGUAUGUAGAUGCACAAACAUUUGCAUCAUGGGGCAUUGAUUAUUUGAAGUACGACAAUUGUUAUAAUAGGAAUAUAGAUCCACAAGUCAGGUAUCCGGUAAUGACAAAAGCUUUAAGGCAGGCUGGUAGACCAAUCUAUUACUCACUUUGCGAAUGGGGUCAAUCCAAUGUAGCUACAUGGGCUGCAGGGGUGGGAAAUAGUUGGAGAACGACCGGCGAUAUCGUUGAUAAAUGGGAUAGCAUGAUUGGAAUAAUGGACCAGAAUGAUGGCAAUGCUCGCUAUGCUAAACCUGGUGGUUGGAACGAUCCUGACAUGCUUGAAGUUGGCAAUGGAGGAAUGACCCAUGAUGAAUAUAUUGUGCAUUUCAGUUUAUGGGCUCUCGCUAAGGCUCCCUUGAUUAUUGGUUGUGACGUAAGGACCAUAACUAAGGAGGUCAAAGAUAUAAUUGGGAAUGAAGAAGUAAUAGCGGUCAAUCAAGAUCCUCUUGGAGUGCAAGGAAAGAAAGUAAUGAAGGAUGGAAACCUUGAGGUUUGGGCUGGACCUCUUUGUCCUGGAAGCAAAGUGGUCAUUUUGUUAAAUAGAGACUCACAAGAAUCAAGUUCCAUCACAGCUACAUGGGAAGAUGUUGGACUUCCUCGACACACAUCAGUAGAAGUUAGAGACCUUUGGAAGCAUGAAACACUGAAAGGAAAUUCGACAGGAAGUUUGACAGCCACAGUUGGACCUCACUCAUGCAAGAUGUUUAUCUUGAAGCCAUUAGUUGGCACUUAA